CCAUGGUAGCAGCAAGGAGGAAGCUAUGCGUUGGGCAAUAAUUAGUAGAUGCAACACCACAAGAGCCUUUAACAACUACAACUACUUUGCACAUAGGACAUGUAGAAGUGAACUAUUUCCUGAUAAACAUCUACUGAAGACAUUUGGGGGCAAAGUGUGAAGAAUCAUGUCAAGCAGAAAGUCUAAAAAGAACCAGAAACUUGGCUCCUCUCGGCGUUACAAAAACCGUAACAAAGAUAUUGAUGAAAACGAAUAUGAUGAUGGAUUCCAAGAACCUGGAAAUGAAAAGCAUGACAGUGAAGAUAGUCAAUUUAGUACAGUUUCUAAAAACCAAGAAUCUAAUGAGCCCGCACAGUUUGAUUCCGAUCAGCCAGUUAUAGCCUCCACCAGCAAAACUCCUUCAGAACUUUCUCCUCACCCGCAGUCAUAUGAGUCCAAAAAUCUAACAGGACAAGCUGAAGUAACAAGUAAAAAAAGAAAAAUGGGAUCAACUCGCAAGAGCAACAGAGAGCUCAAAUUUGGAGGAAAUUAUGAGGAUGAACCAGAGCUUGGAGGACACCUAUGCGUAGAAGUUAUCAAAGAGCAAGGUGAGACUGUAGAAGUAUCCAUAAAAGAGGACAGUGGCAAAGAAGACCAAACAAGUCUAUCUGACUGUGCACCCAGUCAGUGCGCAGAACAUGAAAGCUCCAUCCUACAGGGGGAGGAUUUGGCCUGUGGCACAACCAUGCAUAAAGAAGAUGAUCACAAUAAUGAUGAACACCAACAUUUAGAAACAGCCAUACAAAGCAAACCUAUGGACAGCUCUUCUUCUGAACUUAACCAAUCCAAGGAGGAUGAAUUCGGUCAAGAUUUAAUACGUACUUCACUUGAUUUAAGUAUUUUCACACAAACAGAAUGUAAUUUGCCACUACAGGAAUCCGAUGAAUUUUUAAAAAUAUGUCAUCAAAUGGACACUUUCACCACAGACCACAAAAGCAGCAUAGAUACAACCACACCUUUUGAUGAAAACAGAGAAGAGGGACAGGAUGUUCAAAUGUCUCUAAAUAACCUAAUACACAAUGAUAAGCCUUCUAUGGUGGAGCAAAAUGUGCUCAAAACAAAAGAUGAUCAGUCCAGUUUAAAUUAUAGAAGAGAAGAUUUUACAAUAGACAGCUGUAGUGCUGAAGAAAAACAUGAAGUAACUGAAGUUCAAUCGGUUGCUUUAAUAGAUGAACAUAAGCAUGGGACUCAAGAUGACAAAGUGGCUACAGAUAUAUGGCCAAAUGUUAUUACCAAAGCAAGCACAGAGGAUGAGAACAAAGAUGAAGACCAUCUCAGGAAGAAUGAUGACUCUUUGAAUAUAACUAAGGAGAGCAGUUACAAGUCUAAAAGUAGAGAACUCAGAGAAGACACUGACGAAUAUAAUAAGGUAAGUGUUUUAAAGGAUAGAAUUGACAAUGAUUCAAAUAAAGGGGCUACAACCAAUCUAAACCAAGCACCGGAGCCAGAUAGUAACAUUAGCUCCCCCCUAAAAAUAGAAGAUCAAGAAGUAGAAACAUUGUCAGACCAAUUCCUUUCAAAUGAAUUCAAAAUCCAGGCUGAGACUGAAAUUAAAUAUUAUAAAGGAGAGCAGCAUAAUGUUUCUGAGGACAACACGAAAAUUAAGAAAUAUAAGCAGACAGGGAUAGAAAAAGAGGUGGAGAAUGAGGAUGUGCAAUCUACAACUUCCAGUCAGUUAUUUUCUAAAGUAAGUUCAACAAACAUGUCAGAUUUUAUCACAGAAUCAGAACUUAUUUCUGCUGAAAGACUGAAUGUGGAAACAGAAACCAGCUUCCAGACACACAACCUUGACCAUAAUAAUUCAGGGGAAUGUCCAAUUGAAUUAGAAUUGAAAAAUAGAGUGUGUUCUGAUCAGAUGUUUGACAAUGAAAUCAAAGGUGAAUCUCUAUUGUUAAACAUAGAAACUGAGGUUAUUAAAGAAAAUAAUAAUGACAUAAAUGAAGAAAUAAACACUGAUGCCACAGAAAGUCUUACUAAGGAGGACUUUAUAAGAGUGGACGAUGAAAAGACUGGCAUUUCCACAUUUAUGAAUGAACAUGAAAUGAUAUCAGUCAUCACAAAUAGACAAGAUUAUGCUUUUACAGAUCAGGCACCCAUGGAAGUCAAAGUGUAUGGACUUGAAAGUCCUGAUAAAGGAAGUGCCAUAGUUGUUCCUGAUCAGAAGGAAAAUAUGUCUGAAGAAUGUCUUGUAAAUCCAAUGAACAAAGAAUCAGAUGCAGAGCCAUUGGAAAACACAUUUUCAACUCUUACCGUAAACGAAGCAGGAAUGAGUCAGAAUGAUGCAGUGGCUGAAAAUGUGAAAUUAAGCCACUUUAAGAGAAAAGAGAUUGAUUCUACUCUAAGCAGUCUUAGUGGACUAAUCUCGGACAGUUUUAAAGCAAUUGAUGAAACCAUCCCCGUUCUAAGCUUAGAAGAAAUUACAUUUAUCUCAGAGGAUGCAACACUCAGUUUCCCUUCUGAAACAUGUCAUCAUCAGUCUUCAGUGUCAAUGAAUAUCUUGGAACCUGAAAAAAUACACGAAAAUAUGGUGAACCAAGAUGAAAAUGUAACUAAAGAUGUAGCUAAAAAUCAGAACACAAACACUUUACAAGAAUAUAUUAAAACACCUCUGCACAUCACAACAGAAGAUGUAAACACAGAUCAAGAACAUAAUAUACUUGACAGACAGGAUGAGGUAACAGUAAUGAUAAAAAAUAUUUGCAGAGGGGUGGAUACCACAUAUGUAUUAUCAGAUGUAGCUGAACAUCUGGUUGAUAUCGAGGUCCUUAAAAUGCAAAGAGGAACAGAUGUGGCUGAAAGUAUAGUACAAAAUGAAGAAGCAAAAUCAUUAGAUGAUCCUCAUCAAAAAAGUUAUUCAAAUUUUAAAUUAGGACAAUCCAAUCCAUCGGAGUGUACAGACAUUGUACGCUCAAUAAAUACUGAUAACCUCAUGGCUGAGCCUUUGGAUGCAGCUGAAGAUCAGAUUAAUACUGUUCUCUUAGAUGAGGUAAACAGUGUAGAAGGACUGAUUAAACUUCUAAAACGAAAUGAGCAACCAAUAGUCAAUGAGGAGAAAGAAGCUGAGUCAACACAAUUAAAUGAGCAAGAAAUGGGACCAAUCACAACAAAAAUACAGAAUGAUGAUUUCACAGAACAUGUGUCAUUAGCAGUCAAAAUGCAAGGCAAUGUGAGUCCUAAUGAUGAUGAAGUCAAUGCUUAUACUAUACAUGGCCCAGUGGAGCUCAUUCCUCAAACACACACCAUGUCAGAUAUGCAAAUGAACACAGAAAAUAUUCAAAUAAUUGGAUCUGAUCAGAACCAAAACCAAUCUGAAAAACAUCUAGAGAAUUUUACAAAGAGAGAUCCAGAUCUAGAUCCAUGUCAAAGCACUAGUGCUCAACAGUAUCUGCUUUGUAAAGUAUCCUCUAUAAAUACAGAUCUGGGUUCAUCUACUAUCGAAAAACCAUCCCCUGCAACAGAGCAUCCUGAUUUCAAAGGAGUUGAUAAAAAUGGUAUAGAAAAUCAAGGAAAUACAGAUGUCGAAAUAAGUAUGCAAAAAAAACGGAGGAAAGUCGGAUCAACACGAAGACUCCAAGGAAGACAUCAACAAACAAAAGAAUGCGAAGAACUGGAACAUACAGAAAAAAUUGUACAUCAAAUCAUAACUCAAGCUGCUACUUCAAUCCUGCUCACUGACCCACAGAAUACUAUUACUGAGAUUUCACCCACGUAUGACAUCCAUGACUCACCUAUGACAAUGGAACCAAAAGAAACAAUUAAAUCAAAAGUUCAAAGUGAGACUAAAGUGAUCGAUACACCACCUGCCAUAUUAAGAAACACUGUGGUCUUAAAUGAUGUAAGCAGCAUAGAAGGAUUGACGGAUAUUAAAGAGGAAAAUAAAACAACAGGAGUCAAUGAAGAGAAGGAUGCUGCAUCAGCAAUUUUAAAUAUGCAAGAAAUAGCACCAAUCAUCACAAAAUUACAGGACAAUGCUUUCAUAGAACAUGUGUCCCUACCAGUGCAUGGCAAUGAGAGUCCUGAUGAUGAACAUGCCAGUGAAGUCAAUAUUUAUACUACAUGUGGCCCAGUGGAGCUCAUUAGUCAAACACACACCAUGUCAGAUAGGCAAAUGAACACAGAAAAUAUUCACAUAGUUGGAUCUGAUCAGAACCAUAACAUAUCUUCAGGACAUCUAGAAAAUCUAACAAACAGAGAAUCAGAACCAGAGCCAUGUGACCAGACAAACACAUUUCAAGCAAUAAAAGAAAAAGAAAACACACAGGACCAAAACAUAGAGCAAAAACAUACCAACACUCGGGUUACUGAGGAAGAAAAUAAUGAUAGUGCUGGUCUUUCAGAAAAUGUUAUUAAAGAGGACUUUACGUCAAUAAGUGCACAACAAAAUGUGUUUUGUGAAAUAUCCUGUCUAACUACUGGUCUGAGAUCAAUCGAACGUCCAUCAUCUGCAGGAGAAAAUCCUGAUUUCAAGGAAGACAAUGUCAAUACUACAGAGAAUGUGGAAAAUGAAAAUGUAGAAAACAAUAUAAAAACUCAAAAUAAGAAAAAGAAGAAUUUUGGGUCAGAACGAAAACCCCAUGAAAGGCAACAACCAAAAACUGAAGGAGAGGACGGAGAAUGGAAAGAUCCAGAAAAUCCUGAUUUCAAGGAAGACAAUGUCAAUACCACAGAGGAUGUGGGAAAUACAUAUGCAGAAAUACAUAUGCAAACUCAAACUAAGAAAAAGAAGAAAUUUGGAUCAACACGGAGACCCCAUGGAAGGCAAGAACCACGUGCUGAAGGAGAGGUCGAAGAAUUCAAAGAUUCAGAAAACACAGAAGAAAUUGAACAUCAUAUCAUAACUCAAGGUGCUACUUCAAACCUGCACACUGAAUCACAGAAUAUCAGUGAGGUGUCAUGUGACAUCCCCGACUCAACUUUGCCAAUAGAACAAAAAGAAACGAUCGAAACAAAAUCUGAAAUUGGGACUGGAGUGAUCAAUACACCACCUGCCAUAUUAUUACCAGGAGCUGAGCUGAUAAACACUGUGGUCUUAAAUGAGGGAAGCAGUGUGAGUGGUGUCAGUAUGAAAGAGGAAGCUGAGUCAACACUUUUAAAUGAGCAAGAAAUGCUACCAAUCAUCACAACAAUACAGGAUCAUGCUUUCACAGAACAUGUGUCCCUACCAGUCAAACUGCAUGGCAAUGAAAAGGCUGAUGAUGAAUAUGCCAGGGAGGUUAGGACUUCUUCAACAUCUGGUCCAGUUAAACUCAUUCCUCAAACCCAUUCCAUGUCACACAUUCAAAUAAACACAGAAAAUAGUCAUGCAUUUGUAUCAGAUCAGAACCAAAACAUAUCUGAAGAACAUCUAGAGAAUUUAACAAACAGAGAAUCAGAACCAGAGCUAUGUGACCAGAAAAACAAAUUUGAAGAAAUACAAGAAAAAGAAAACAUAUGGGAGCAAAAUAUGGACCAAAAAGAUGCCAAAAUUAGGGUUAUUGAGGAAAAGAAUAAUGAUGCAAAGGAAAAAAUAAAUACUUGUCUUACAGAAAAUGUUUUCACAGAGGACAAUACACCAGUAAGUGCAAAACAAAAUGUGCUUUCUGAAGUAUCUUCUCUAACUACUGAUCUGGGUUUAACAACUAUUGAACAUCCAUCAUCUACAGAAGAAAAUCUUGAUUUCAAUGGAGACAAAGCCAAUACUACAGAAAAUGUGGACAAUGAAAAUGUAGAAAUACAUAUGCAAACUCAAUCUCAGAAAAAGAAGAAAUUUGGAUCAACACGGAGACCUCAUGGAAGGCAACAACCACAUGCUGAAGGAGAGGACGGAGAAUGGAAAGAUCCUGAAAACACAGAAACUGAACAUCAAGUCAGAACUCAAGCUGCUACCUCAAACCUGCUCACUGAAUCACAUAAUACUAUUAGUGAGGUGUCACUUGACAUCCAUGACUCAAAUUUGACAAUGGAACCAAAAGAAAAAACAAUUAAAUCAGAAGUUGAAAUCGAUACUGGAAAGACUGAUACACAACCUGCUAUAUUAUCACCUAAAGCUAAUCAGAUAAACACUGUGGUCUUAGAUGAUGUAAGCAGUAUAAAAGGAUUGACUGAUGUUAAUGAGCAAAAUGAAAAACCUGGAGACAAUGAAGAUGAGCAUGCCGAGUCAGCACUUUUAAAUGAGCAAGAAAUUACACCAAUGAUUACAGAAUUACAUGAUGAUGCGUUUGCAGCAGUGAAAGAGCAUGUCAGUGAGAGCCAUGAUGAUGAACAUGUCAGUGAAGUCAAUGCUUAUACUACAUGUGGUCCAGUGGAGCUCAUUCCUCAAACACAUUCCAUGUCAGACCUGCAAAUGAACACAGAAAAUAUUCAUGUAAUUGUAUCUGAUCAGACCCUAAACAUAUCUGAAGAACAUCUAGAGAAUCCAACAAACAGAGAAACAGAACCAGAGCAAUAUGAAAGCACAAGCCCAUUUGUUCAGACGCAGGAACCAAAAUCAUCACAGGUUGGUGUGAUAAAAGAGAAUGUGGAAUUUAGCAGUUCUGAGAAGAAACGGAAGAUGGGUUCAACACGUAGGAGUCUCAGAGGGCCAGGAAUUGAUCAGAAAAACAAAUUUCAAGAACUAAAAGAAAUAGAAAACCUACAGGAGCAAAACAUGAAGCAAAAAGAUACUAACACUGGUGUUACUCAGGGAGACAAUAUUGAUACAAUGGGAAAAAUAAAUGCUGAUUUUACAGAAAAUGUUAUCAAAGAGGACAUUACACCAGUGAGUGCACAACAAAAUGCACUUUCUGAAGUAUCCUCUCUAACCACUGAUUUGGGUUUUACUGCUAUCGAACAUGCAUCAUCUGCAGGAGAAAAUCCUGAUCUCAAAGAAGACAAUGUCAAUACUACAGAGAAUGUAGAGAAUAAAAAUGCAGAAAUACAUACCCAAACGCAAACUAAGAAAAAGAAGAAAUUUGGAUCAACACGGAGACCCCAUGGAAGACAACAACCAGAAACUGAAGGAGAGGACGGAGAAUGGAAAGAUCCAGAAAACACAGAAACUGAACAUCAAGUCAUAACUCAAGCUGUUUCUUCAAACAUGCUCACUGAUCCACAUAAUACUACUAGUGAGGUGUCACUUGACAACCAUGACUCAACUUUGACAAUGGAACCAAAAGAAACAAUUAAAUCAGAAGUUGAAAUUGGGACUUUAGUGAUCGAUACAUCACCUGCUAUAUUAUCACCUAAAGCUAAUCAGAUAAACACUGUGGUCUUAGAUGAUGUAAGCAGUGUAAAUGGAUUGACUGAUGUUAAUGAGCAAAAUGAAAAACCUGGAGACAAUGAAGAUGAGCAUGCCGAGUCAGCACUUUUAAAUGAGCAAGAAAUCACACCAAUGAUUACAGAAUUACAUGAUGAUGCAUUUGCAGCAGUGAAAGAGCAUGUCAGUGAGAGUCAUGAUGAUGAACAUGUCAGUGAAGUCAAUGCUUAUACUACAUGUGGUCCAGUGGAGCUCAUUCCUCAAACACAUUCCAUGUUAGACCUGCAAAUGAACACAGAAAAUAUUCAUGUAAUUGUACCUGAUCAGAACCUAAACAUAUCUGACGAAUAUCUGGAGAAUCCAACAAACAAAGAACCAGAGCAAUAUGAAAGCACAAGCCCAUUUGUUCAAGAGGACAAUACACCAGUAAGUGCACAACAAAAUGUGCUUUCUGAAGUAUCCUCUCUAACCACUGAUCUGGGUUAUACUACUUUUGAACAUCCAUCAUCUGUAAAAGAAAAUCCUGAUUACAAGGAAGAAAAUGUCAAUACUACAGAGAAUGUAGAGAAUAAAAAUGCAGAAAUACAUACCCAAACGCAAACUAAGAAAAAGAAGAAAUUUGGAUCAACACGGAGACCCCAUGGAAGACAACAACCAGAAACUGAAGGAGAGGACGGAGAAUGGAAAGAUCCAGAAAACACAGAAACUGAACAUCAAGUCAUAACUCAAGCUGUUUCUUUAAACAUGCUCACUGAUCCACAUAAUACUACUAGUGAGGUGUCACUUGACAACCAUGACUCAACUUUGACAAUGGAACCAAAAGAAACAAUUAAAUCAGAAGUUGAAAUUGGGACUUUAGUGAUCGAUACAUCACCUGCUAUAUUAUCACCUGAAGCUAAUCAGAUAAACACUGUGGUCUUAGAUGACGUAAGCAGUGUAGAAGGAUUGACUGAAAUUAAAGAGCAAAAUGAAAAACCUGAAGAUACAGAUGAGCAUGCUGAGUCAGCACUUUUAAAUGAGCAAGAAAUCACACCAAUGGUUUUGGAAUUACAUAAUGAUUCUUUUGCAGCAGUGAAAGAGCAUGUCAGUGAGAGUCAUGAUGAUGAACAUGUCAGUGAAGUCAAUGCUUAUACUACAUGUGGUCCAGUGGAGCUCAUUCCUCAAACACAUUCCAUGUCAGACCUGCAAAUGAACACAGAAAAUAUUCAUGUAAUUGUAUCUGAUCAGACCCUAAACAUAUCUGAAGAACAUCUAGAGAAUCCAACAAACAGAGAAACAGAACCAGAGCAAUGUGAAAGCACAAGCCCAUUUGUUCAGAUACAGGAACCAAAAUCAUCGCAGGUUGGUGUGAUAAAAGAGAAUGUGGAAUUUAGCAGUUCUGAGAAGAAACGGAAGAUGGGUUCAACACGUAGGAGUCUCAGAGGGCCAGGAAUUGAUCAGAAAAACAAAUUUCAAGAACUAAAAGAAAUAGAAAACCUACAGGAGCAAAACAUGGAGCAAAAAGAUACUAACACUGGUGUUACUCAGGGAGACAAUAAUGAUACAAAGGGAAAAACAAAUGCUGAUUUUACAGAAAAUGUUAUCAAAGAGGACAUUACACCAGUGAGUGCACAACAAAAUGCACUUUCUGAAGUAUCCUCUCUAACCACUGAUUUGGGUUUUACUGCUAUCGAACAUGCAUCAUCUGCAGGAGAAAAUCCUGAUCUCAAAGAAGACAAUGUCAAUACUACAGAGAAUGUAGAGAAUAAAAAUGCAGAAAUACAUACCCAAACGCAAACUAAGAAAAAGAAGAAAUUUGGAUCAACACGGAGACCCCAUGGAAGACAACAACCAGAAACUGAAGGAGAGGACGGAGAAUGGAAAGAUCCAGAAAACACAGAAACUGAACAUCAAGUCAUAACUCAAGCUGUUUCUUCAAACAUGCUCACUGAUCCACAUAAUACUACUAGUGAGGUGUCACUUGACAACCAUGACUCAACUUUGACAAUGGAACCAAAAGAAACAAUUAAAUCAGAAGUUGAAAUUGGGACUUUAGUGAUCGAUACAUCACCUGCUAUAUUAUCACCUGAAGCUGAUCAGAUAAACACUGUGGUCUUAGAUAAUGUAAGCAGUAUAAAAGGAUUGACUGAUGUUAAUGAGCAAAAUGAAAAACCUGGAGACAAUGAAGAUGAGCAUGCCGAGUCAGCACUUUUAAAUGAGCAAGAAAUCACACCAAUGAUUACAGAAUUACAUGAUGAUGCGUUUGCAGCAGUGAAAGAGCAUGUCAGUGAGAGCCAUGAUGAUGAACAUGUCAGUGAAGUCAAUGCUUAUACUACAUGUGGUCCAGUGGAGCUCAUUCCUCAAACACAUUCCAUGUCAGACCUGCAAAUGAACACAGAAAAUAUUCAUGUAAUUGUAUCUGAUCAGACCCUAAACAUAUCUGAAGAACAUCUAGAGAAUCCAACAAACAGAGAAACAGAACCAGAGCAAUAUGAAAGCACAAGCCCAUUUGUUCAGACGCAGGAACCAAAAUCAUCACAGGUUGGCCUAAUAAAAGAGAAUGUGAAAUUUAGCAGUUCUGAGAAGAAACGGAAGAUGGGUUCAACACGUAGGAGUCUCAGAGGGCCAGGAAUUGAUCAGAAAGAAAAAUUUCAAGAACUAAAAGAAAUAGAAAACCUACAGGAGCAAAACAUGGAGCAAAAAGAUACUAACACUGGUGUUACUCAGGGAGACAAUAAUGAUACAAAGAAAGAAAAAAAUGAUGGUCUUACACAAAAUGUUAUCAAAGAGGACAUUACACCAGUAACUGCACAACCAGAUGCACUUUCCGAAGUAUCCUCUCUAACCACCGAUUUGGGUUUUACUGCUAUCGAACAUGCAUCAUCUGCAGGAGAAAAUCCUGAUCUCAAGGAAGACAAUGUUAAUAUUACAGACAAUGUAGAGAAUAAAAAUGCAGAAAUACAUAUGCAAAGUCAAACUAAGAAAAAGAAGAAAUUUGGAUCAACACGGAGACCCCAGAGAAGACAACAACCACAUGCUGAAGUAGAGGACGGAGAAGAAAACGCAGAAGAAAUUAAACAUCAUAUCAUAACUCAAGCUGCUACUUCAAACCUGCUUACUGAAUCACAGAAUCCUACUAGUGAGGUGUCACUUGACAUCCAUGGCUCACCUUUAACAGUAGAACAAAAUGAAACAAUUAAAUCAGACGUUGAAAUUGGAAAUGGAAUAAUAAAUACACCACCUGCUAUAUUAUCACCUGAUGCUGAUCAGAUAAACACUGUGGUCUUAGAGAAUCUAACAAACAGAGAAUCAGAAUCAGAGCAAAAUGAAAGCUCAAGCCCAUUUGUUCAGAUGCAGGAAUCAAAAUCAUCUCAUGUUGAUGUGGUAAAAGAAAAUGUGAAAUUUAGCGGCUCUGAGAAGAGAAGGAAGAUGGGAUCAACUCGGAAGAGUCUCAGAGAGCAAAUCCCUGAAAGUGACAUGAAAAACAAAUUUCAAGAAAUAGAAGAAAAAGAAAACAUACAGGAACAAAACACGGACCAAAAAGACACCAACACUGAGAAUACUAAAGAAGAGAAUAAUGAUAAAAAGGAAGAAACAAAUGAUGGUCUUACUAAAAAUGUUUUCAAAGAGGACAUUCCAUCAGUAAAUGCCCAACAAUAUGUGCUUUGUGAAGUACCCUCUCUAACUACUGAUCUGGGUUCAACUACUAUCGAGCAUCCGUCAUCUGCAACAGAGAAUGAAAAUAGUAUAGACUAUGUAAAAAAUGAAAAAGCAGAAAUCCAGACGCAAAUUCAAGCUAAGAAAAAGAAAAAAUUUGGAUCAACGCGGAGAGCCCAGGGAAGACUCCAGCCACAUGAAACGGAAGGAAAAUUAAAUGACGUGGAAGAUACAGAAGAAAUGCACAACUCUGAUUUAAACUUUUGUGACACAAAGACAAGAAAACAAGAGUAUGAACCACCUAUUCACAAUAAACUAGAUCAGUCAGAAUGCUCACUUCUUAGUGAGAUCGAACUUUACCUAAAUAAAAGUUUUGAAAGUACUUUAAAUACUACAGGUCUUAAUCCCAAUAUAUCAGAAUUCUCAGAUCCGAUGUCUGAUGGGUCACUUCAGCUACCAUCAUCUCAAAGCUCUCAAAUUCACAUGGAACAGAGCUCCCCAUCAAGAAGGAGAAAAAUGGGGUCAAGUCGCAAGAUGACUAGAAACAGACAUGCAGAAAAAGUAUGCGAUGAGAGCAGAGAGUCUGAACAGGAAAAAGAGAAUUUGGACAAUAAUCCUAAGAGUGAGGAAACCGUCAUUGCCGAAGGCAUAGAAGAAAUGAAACAAUCUGUUAAACUCAUGCCUGAGGUCCAAGCUCUCUCUCAAUUAAAUGAACAUAGUACACAAGCCACAGAACCGCUUCCAGAAGUUAAACGAAAAUUUGGGUCCAGACGCAAAGUGAAGGGAAGCAGUCAUCUAGGUGCAUUUACAAAUGGUGAUAAUGAGAACAAAACAGAAGUGACUAAGGACAAAUUAGGGGUCUCUGAUCCAUUUUACAUGUCAGAACAAGAGAGUACACACAUCUCACACCCAGACUCUGAGCCAAGACCAGGGAUUGAAGAGGUUAAAGAAGCUGUUGGAAAAGAUACAAAUGCAUCUACCAAAGCUGGCCUGGUUUCUUUACAUACCAUUAGGAAAACCUCACCAGGAGUUGUAAACACUGGAGGAAGACCAAAAAUAGACUUCGACCAAUGGAAUGAGGAAAUUCCAGAUUUUGAACAAGCUGUAUACAACGUUGUGAUGGUAGGAAACAGCAAUGUGGGCAAGACAUCAUUUAUAAAACGUUUACAGAAUGGACAUUUCAUCCCAGAUUACAGUGCUACUAUUGGAGUUGACACCUUUGUUCAGACUGUUACAUUCGGUAGUAGAACAGUCAAACUGUACGUGUGGGACACAGCAGGUCAGGAGAGAUACCACAGCAUCACUAAGCAGGUCUUUCAUAAGGCCCAGGGGCUCCUGCUUAUGUAUGAUAUCACAUCAUCUCAGAGUUUCCAAGCUGUUCGUGCCUGGAUAUCCCAGAUUCAGGAAAACGCUCCCUCUGAUGUAAUCUUGAUGUUACUUGGCAACAAAAAUGACCGUACUGAUCGAAAAGUCCAGCUAAAGGAAGGAGAGGACCUGUCAAAAGAGUAUGACAUUGACUUUAUGGAGUGCAGUGCUGCAACUGGGGAGAAUGUGUUAGAAUCUCUGAAGACUCUAGCAUGGUUACUGGUGAAACAGAGAGUAAGAAAAGAAGAGGAACAUACAACAUUACAGCCGAAGCCACAAAAUAAGAAGAAGUCAGGUUGCUGUUAAAAACACCUUCACUGUACACACACACACACACACACACACAGCUUUUCCCCAUACACUUUAUUUAAUAUAUAUGUACAAAAUAUGUAAUAAUAUAGAGAAUAAUAUGGAAUGAUCAUUGCAAUUUUUAAAUAUUUUUAUUAUAUUCAACCAUUAUUAAUCUAUUUUUGGUAAACCAUGCACUAUUUAAUCUUUCCUUACAGUAUCUGUUUUGUGCUUUUUCAUGAAA